AGAAGGAAAAGGAGGGAGCAUUCAGGACCCAGGGCGGUAGCAGCCGUCUGACUCAUUCCGACUCCGGAGGAGUCAAAACAGGGCACGGGCGCCCAGGGCUAGCCUACCACCGGACCUGGCUGCAUCCCACUAGAGUCCAGGCGAGAGUGGUGCUCUCUGGGACUGGCAGCAUGAAGGACCACAGCCUAGGCCAGGCGCUCGGGGGCUGGACCUCAGGCUGGACCUGGGCCUGGGCCCGGGCCUGGACCUUGGCUGCUUGUCUGGCGGUGGCCCUUGCUUCCCCAGAUGUUUGCGAGUCCAACUUGUGUCAGAAUGGCGGCACCUGCCUCUCGGAAGUCAACGGCUCCCCGUUCUUCUGCAUCUGCCCCGAAGGCUUCACCGGCACAGUCUGCAACGAGACGGAGAGAGGACCCUGCUUUCCGAACCCGUGUCUCAACAACGGCGAGUGCGAAGUGCUGACCGACUCCCACCGUGGGGAUGUCUUUGCCCAGUAUUUCUGCAAGUGCCCGGUUGGCUACAAGGGAAUUCAUUGCCAGGAGAAUGAGAACGAGUGCUCGUCGAAGCCCUGCCUGAACGGCGGCACCUGCCUCGACCUGGAAGGUGACUACGCCUGCAAGUGCCGCUCUCCGUUCUUGGGCAAGACCUGCAAGUUCCGCUGUGCUGCACCACUGGGCAUGGAGACAGGGGCCAUCGCGGAUGCCCAGAUCUCGGCUUCGUCCGUGCACUUCGGGUUCCUGGGGCUGCAGCGCUGGGGCCCAGAGCUGGCUCGGCUCAACGGCAAGGGCAUCGUCAACGCCUGGACCGCUGGCAACUACGACAAGAAGUCCUGGAUCCAGGUGAACCUACUGAGGAAGACCCGGGUGACAGGCAUCGUGACCCAGGGUGCCAGCCGGGCGGGCAGCGCCGAGUAUCUGCGGACCUUCAGGGUGGCGUAUAGCUUGGAUGGACAUGACUUUGCCUUCAUCCGGGACCCAGAGGAGAAGAGAGACAAGGUCUUUGUGGGGAAUGUGGACAACAAUGGGUGGAAGCAAAACCUGUUCGAGCCACCCAUCGUGGCGCAAUACGUGCGGAUUCAUCCCCUGGCCUGCCGCCGGGGCUGCACCCUCCGCUUUGAGCUCUAUGGCUGCGAGAUGAACGCCUAUUUCAACACGGCAGGUUGCUCUGAGCCGCUGGGCAUGAAGUCCCACCUCAUCCGUGACAAGCAGAUCACGGCCUCCAGCACCUAUAAGACAUGGGGCCUGGAUGCUUUCAGCUGGCACCCCUACUUUGCACGCCUGGACAAGAAGGGCAAAUCCAAUGCCUGGGCAGCCAAGGGCAACGAGGCCACGGAAUGGUUGCAGAUUGACUUGGGCACCCGGAAGCAGGUGACGGGCAUCAUCACCCAGGGGGCCCGUGACUUUGGCCACAUCCAGUACGUGGCGGCGUAUCGUGUGGCUCACAGUGACGAUGGGAAGACCUGGACCGAGUACCAGGACAGCAUCACCAAAGACACUAAGAUUUUCCACGGAAACUCAGACAACAACUCGCACAAGAAGAAUGUGUUCGACCAGCCCUUCUAUGCCCGGUUUGUCCGCAUCCUGCCCACCGCCUGGCACGAUCGCAUCACCCUCCGGGUGGAGUUACUGGGCUGCGACGAGUAGACGCCACCCCCCCGCCCGCCCACCGCCGUGGGAAAGACAGACCGCCGGGCUGCACCGUCGGGAAGAGACGGCGGGAGGGACCUCGGUCACAGCUGCCCUUCUCACGCAUCCUUCCCCCCGCCCCGCCACUGCAUACCCGCUGUUGCCACGCACCCGCCCUGCUGCUCAGAGAGAGGCAGGGGACAGAUCGGGACCGGAGGGGUGAUGCCUGGUUGUAGAGAAGGCGGGGGCUCAGCCCUAUCCCCCCACUUUCCCAUAGAAGAGGAGUCUCCCCCACCCCCCGGCCCUGCUUAGUCUCCGAGCCCGCUCACACAGCAGUCUUACUUUAGGCUGCCCCUCUAGUUGGGGGCCUUUAUAGCCCUUCCCCUUCACCCCCUGCUUACUCUCAGCCACGGGGAGGCCCUCCGACCAUCACUUCCAAGGGCCGCAGGGGUCCGGAAGAGGAGAGCCUGUACCCGUGCAGCUGAAGAGUCGGAGGAGGAAGGCAGGUGCCAGGAGAUUGGGCUUGAUAAUGAGUGGAAUUUGUUAAGUGCCUAUGUGCCAGGCACCAUUCUAGGCGCUGGUGUAGUAGAAGGUAAUCAGGUUGGACACAGUCUGAGUCCCACCUGCGGUUCACAGUCUUAAUCCCCUUUUUACAGAUGAGACAACUGAGGCAGAGACAAGUGAAAUACCCAAAGUCACACAAUAGACAAGUGGCAGAGGGGGAUUAGAACCCGGGUCCUUCUGACUCCCAACGCCUGUCCCUAUCCAUUAAGCCCUAUUGCUUCCCAGAUUUGGGAGACAGAGGAGGGUGGCAGUGGGAAAUAGGUAGUAAACUCUGGUGCCCAUCACCCCCCGCUACACACAGCCUGCUUCCCUUCUGCCCCUCCCACUGACACCCCCUGAAUUCCUCAAACUAGAAUCAGGGGGGUGAGAUGGUCAGUUUCUGCAUUGGAGUGGGAGGCCCUCUGUUCUCCCCCCUCCGCCGCCACUUAAUGCCUCGCCCCCUCCUCAACCCUGGAAAGAAUGUGUAGUAGCUGUCAGUGCUGAUAGGUGCCAGCCAGGCCCUCUCCGGACCUGUCCGCUGCACGGGGUGAAGUGGGAUGGGCAGGAGCGGGAAGGGGAGGGGUCAGCGCAGCUGGCUGCUGGCCACCAUUGCUCCGGGAGACCCUGACUGUCGCCUGAGUGGAUGGGGCUCCCGCCCUCCCCGCAACGGGGAGACGCCAAGGCCCGGCCACUUGUGGUGUCCUGGGGGGAGGCCCUGGAGCAGAGCAAGGAGGGUUGUGAGGGACCCCUCGGGCUCAGUAAAGGAGGCAGAGACCCCAUCCCCUUGGACAGCUGGGUCCGAGUCCUCUCCUACGCCGCAGGCUGCAGGUGGCGGGGAAGGUUCUUGAGGACCCCCCCGCACCACCAUCACCAUCCCCGCAGCUCCCUGCUGGUCUGCCUGGCCACCCUAGCACCAGGGGCUGGAAGGUGGAGGAGGCGGCUUCUCAAAUAUAUUUAUACUAUUGACUUUGA